AUGGUAACAAAAUCUGAAUUUGCAGUGAGUGAAGGAAUAGGAGGCUCCUUUUUCUUAAUUGUCAGCGGCUUUGGGCCUCAGGAAGAAAGGAGACCAGGAGCUCAGAAGAGCGGCGUGACCCGUCCUAACUCAACACACUCGGAGGAGGGGACAGUCGGGGAGACCGAGGGGAAAUUCCCCGUCGCAGAUGUCGAGCUAGAGCAGUGCAGCUGCUGGGUACCCUGGCGUUUGACGCUGGGCACUGAGACACCCCCCCCCCCCACGCCUCCAAGGCCUCAUCUCCCCAAGGUGCUGCUGCCUGGGGAGCUGGACUCACUCAGCGUGACGUGGGCCUGGGCCUGGGCCUCUGGGCGCUGCUCCGCUGGUCCUAACGCCUGCAGGGCAGUACCCCAUGUCUGCAUCCCAGGCAAGUGGGAAGACAAGUGGAAAAUGAACUCUUCAGGAAACAACGAAAAUUUUGAGGGCAGUAACUCCAGACCUUUCUUCUAUGUGCCGCCCAUGGCCCAGCAGCCUCACCUGGGUCUCUGGUACCAGAAUCCUGCCUAUAAUCCACUCGCCAUUUCUGGGGCAGCUUUCACAAAUGGAAGUCUGUAUUUUCCAAUGGUGCUCAGUGAGUAUCCUGCCUUCCUUGUCCCUCAGUCCCCAUUGCCCACUACUGUUAACCGAAGAUCCAUCGUCCCUAUGUUAUGUAACACGGCACAGUUCCGACAGUAUGGUGGCUAUUGGGAAAAAAUGAAAACCAAGGAUACACAAACAGAAGCUGAACCUCAACCGGCUGAAAACUUGAAUGAAAAACAAGACGUGCCCUCAGAAGGCGACGGCCCUGAGAUGGGAAAGGUGACCAGUAUUCCUGCGAGUACAUCAAACGAAACGAUGCCAUCAUAUGAUGUGGUUUAUGGUAAAGAUAUGCCACAGAAGGAGGUGCUGCAAAAUGGGAUUUCACAAAGUUUCUGUGAAAGUAGAGGAAUGCUUUUUAACUCUUAUGACGGUAGAGACCGCAUGAGCUUGGAUGAAGAAGAGAAGAGAUAUGCAGCUCUUUCCCCAAACCCACCACCUCUGAAUGACAGAGAUGAGAUCCAGAAUACCCAGAACUCAAAAUUGUAUCAGUCUACUGGAGAUAUGAACAAGCUUCAUCAGGAACGGGCACUCUGCGCCAGCAUGGAAGCAGUUAAAAACCUGAGUCUACACUCAGAAUCAUCUCAGAAGCCCUUUACUGCAGGGGAAAGUAUGCCAGAGAACAGUAGCAGGAGCCACGGCUCCCCUGGGGCUGUGGGUGAAGAGGUAGAGAGCAACAGCUGCCCUGAGAUGGCUGUCCCAUCCCCUCCCUGCUUGGCUCAGGUCAGCAAAGUAGAUGAGGGCAUCCAGUGCGACUUGACUUGGUGGACUGAGGUACAGUCUGGGAAUUCCCCUGGGUCUUCACCAGGAAGUGGUAGGAAGGGAGCAGAGCAGAUGUCAGUGGGGAGCAGGAACCAGGAUGGAGUCUAUGAGGUGGAGAACAAUGGCUGCGGGGGGCGCGUUCCCUCCCCUACCUGGUUGGCCCAGGUCCACAAAGUGGACAAGGGCAUCCAGUGCAACAUGAGUUGCUCUGAAGCCCAGGUAGAGAAAUCCCCCCAGCAGAUCCCUUCCAGGGGUGAAGAGACAGCAUCAGACAGCGAAACCAAGGGAUCUUGGAAACAGCCAAUCACCAAUAGGAAAUUAAGUGCAGAUAAAGAGGAAAUGAUCAUGAAUGAUGAGACUGGGGAGGUGUCUAAUGAUAACUUGAAAAGGUGUGCAAAGAUUAAAAAGACUGUGAAAGGCAGGAAGCUGAAAGAGCUGAGCAGCUUCUCAAAUGUUAAGACAGCCUAUCUGUUGAAGAAAAGUGCCGUCUUGACCAUUGUGCUUCCUGAGGAUUCAGAAGACUCUGAGUUGGAAGAGGAGGAUGACAUGGAUGAGAUCGAAUGCCUCCUUGAAGUGAGUCCACAGAGCCCUCUGACAUCUUCCAGAAGAAGGUCUUAUCACAAGACUGGAAGGAUAAUCAGGAUGUCACCUGAGAGCUCUCUCCCUCCUCAACUUAUGGUUUGGCCCACCAGAAAUAAGUGCAAGUUACUACACGCUUAUGGUGAAUGUGAGUGUGUCCCUGCAGUUUAUCGGUGGAGAGGACAGGAUGGCUGUGAAAGCGCUGGUGUCGGGCUCCACAGAAGACCCGCCAUGGCCAAGCCGGAGGGACUGCAGUCCCAGAGAGCCUCUUACAGGUCACUGGAGUGUAACUGUGAGAGAGCUAAAACCAAGUACCAGAGAUUUGAGGCAGAUGCCAUAGAAUUUAGGAAAUACCCAGCAGCUCUAGAGGAAACAAAUUGCUGAGUUCCAGCUACAACAAAAAGUGAAAUAUUGCAUUAUCAUGAUGGAUUAGAACACGAGAUCUCUUUCUUGAACUACUAAAGUUAUACCAGCAAACAAGAAAAUAUGACAUUGUAAAGUUGUGAAUUAAAAGUUGCAAAAUAGCAAAUAAGUUGGAUUUCAAAAGUGUAAUUCUUAAGCAUUUUCUUCUCCUCUCAAAAUGGCCACAUCACUCAUGACAACACUAGUAGAAUUGGGUCACCCAUGAAUAGUUCUGUCUUGUCCUCACCAGGGACCUUGGGAUAAAGAGAAAAGGAUGGUGGAGUUGAGGACAGAAUAAAAAGACUUAAGCAUUCCAUACAGAAGCUCUAUCCUGGGAAUAGAGAGGAUGCUGACUCAUUGUCUGUAUAAUGUAGGCCAGGCAUAUAGCAGGUCCGAUAGGACACUGAUAGACGUGUGGAGGGUAGGUGGUCAUGCAUUCUUUACUUGGAUCUAGUGUCUCCUGAUGGAGAAGGAAAUGGCAACCCACUCCAGUAUUCUUGCCUGGAGAAUCCCAGGGACGGGGGAGCCUGGUG